AUGUCCACAUUCAAUGGUCUUGUCGCAGAGUUUCCUGAUAUUCGCAUUGACUUCUUCCGGAAACAUGCCGGCCAUCAUCCGCCACUCGCGUGCUUCCUGAGCCAUAUUCACAGCGACCACCUCGCAGGGUUGGAAAGCCUCCGCUCUCCGUUUGUCUACUGCUCCGCAGCCACGCGGGAGAUGCUCCUCCGUCUCGAACGCUAUCCCUGUCGCAUCAACUACGCCAAGGGUAUUCUGGAGGCUCGCGUGCAGACGUACAAGCAUCUCAAGAAUCUCCUCAAACCGCUGCCCCUGGAUACGCCAACCACCCUCGAGCUUGCUCCCGGAAGAUGCAUCCAGGUCACUUUGCUCGAUGCGAACCACUGCCCCGGUUCUGUAAUGUUCCUGAUCGAGGACACCCAUCACGCCGUUCUCUAUACGGGUGACAUCCGAAGCGAACCGUGGUUCGUCAAUGCCGUCGCCAGAAACCCAGCUGUCGUUGAGUACACCUGUGGCAUCAAGACGCUUGACAAGAUUUACCUCGACACCUCUUUUAUCCAGAAUGUCCCGUUUCAAACAAAGGCCAAUGGCAUUGCAGAGCUGUUGCGCAAGGUCGCUGUAUAUCCCGAUGACACCAUCUUCCACAUCCAAGCAUGGACCUACGGGUACGAGCAAGUAUGGAUCGCCUUGUCCAAGGCCUUGAGAUCCAGGAUCCACGUGGAUGACUACAAGAUGCGCGUCUUCUCUUCCUUGACUGGCAAGGCCUCGAACGAUCGCUUCAGCUCGUCCAUACAUCUGUGCCCUGAGGCACCGGCGUUGGCUGGUUACAUAUGCGGCAAUACACCCCAUCCAGGUUGUCUCACACGGGACGAGCACGUUCGGCUGCAUAGUUGUGAGAGAGGCAACUUUUGCUCAGUUGUUCGAGGCUCAAAAGUUGUUUCCAUCCAACCCCUUGUCGCUCAUCUUUCCAACGGAGCCGAAAUUGCCGAGGUCGGUGUCGGCGGCGGCGGAGACGACCUAGAGCGGGACGCAGAGCUUGACACGCUGUCGUCCGCCGAUGUCGAAGCCGUGCUCGCUUUGCUCAAGGAGAAGGGCGAUCUUUCUCAGGAAUCAAGGUCGCUGCUCCGGGAGCUCCUCGAAAAUGGGGUAAACACCGGGCGGAACAUGUCUCUCGACAUCGACAUCUCAUCCUUUGGAGAGAAGAACGAAGCAGCAAUCCUCGAUGCCUUCCGGUCGAUUGGGCAAAAGAGACAACCACCCAGCUCUAGUUUCCUCAGCACGGGAACCGAUUCCGAACCUCCCUUGCCAAAAACCAUCACUUUUCCUUACUCCCGGCACUCAUGCUACCAAGAGCUCUGCGACCUCGUCCGAAUAUUCCAACCGAAAGAUGUCUGGCCUUGCACCGUCAAUCCCACAGACUGGGUCAGGGAUAACAUCACCAUCCAUUCUCUAUUCGGAAACUUUUGCUCUGGUGACAGUUUCGCACAUGACCUCGAAAUGGAAAGGUUCGCCAGCCGGAUUGCGGGACCGCUCGAGCAACGGGUGUCUCAAAACAUUGACACCAGUCAACCCUCUGAGGGUGACAUUGGCAUGCCAACGUCGCAUUUCUCGCAAACAGGUCAAGCAGCCGAACCCGAGGCAGCCGUUCAAGAACCCGAAAGGACCGUGAAUGACGCGACCGCCGGGUCCGUGACGUCGCAACGGUCCAUUGGGAAUCUUGUUGGGGGCGAGUGGACCCCGAUCGGUUUGCUGUCCACCUUUGACCAUCAUACAAUGCUUGAUAAGGAGCUAGGAGGAAGAUAG